AUGAGAACUUAUCCGUUGGUUUCACCUUGGCAAAGCUGGGAAGGGGAUGGUUAUUGGCCAGAAAUGUAUACGGGUGUCAGGAAUGAGUCGUACGUUGGUAAGAGUGGACAAGGGAAGAAGAAAUCAAAUGGAGAAUUGAGAGGAGAGUGGAUAUCGAGAGAGGAUGUGAGGUUGGGGAUGGAUGAUGUGGGGAAAUGGAAAAUAGAUGAGUUAGAAAUACUCGAUGAAAAAGAAGCAGAAAGAUUUCUGCCUUCACCAAAAGACAAAGAAGGUAAUCCCUGGAUCAGAUGUCACGUGGGCUUAUAUCCAAAUCAACAUCCGGUCGACUUCAAAAGAUUUGAUACCAAGCUCAUACACGAUUAUUCUCCCGUUUCUCAAGGAUUCAUAUUCUCAGCCGGUGGUCCAAUCUGGGGUCUCGAUUGGUGUCCUUACCCUGAACGUCUCUCUGCCACUUUGGACUUUACUCAAUAUCUAGCCGUAUCGACUCUUCCGAGGCACGAUAGCAAUCCGACUGUUGGACAAAAGUGUUCUCCAGAUAGUCCUGGAUGUAUUCAAAUAUGGUCCAUGAUUGCACCUGAUGACGUACCGUCGCUUCAACAUUCUUCAGAGGAUCAUGAGAUGGAGGAUGACUCCAGAACAUUUGGGAAAGAGAAGGGAGAGAUGAGGUGCGAGUUGGUUUUGUGUGUCGAUGGAGGUUCGGCGAUGGAUUUGAGAUGGAUGCCUUUGGGUGUAUGGGAUGAAUACGAACCAUCAAACACUUCCGACAAAAUACCCAAACUUGGUAUAAUCGCCGCUCUACAAUUAGACGGUUCUGUCUCUUUUUAUCCCGUCCCUCAACCGCACGCCCUCCGCCGUGCCCUCCAAACCUCACAGGGUGGAGAGCUGAUAUCAGUGCGGAUGAAAGAACCUUUGUUAAGGAUAGAAGUGGAAGAUGCUAGUUGUCUCUGUAUGGACUGGCUUUCCGGGAGUCGUUUAGUAGUUGGAUUAUCCAAUGGUCACAUAGCAAUAUAUGAUCUUACCCCAUCAUCAUUCUCUUCCCCUUCUACUGAAGUCUUCCCUUCCGCAUACAUACCCAUCACGUGUUCUCCAAUUCGGUCCGUUGCAGCUCUUCGUCUUCCCCCUGAUGACUCACAUGGAAAGCCACGAUGGGGACAAGAUCCUUUUUUCGUACUGUGUGGGAAUUACGACGGAACGACUACCAUAGUGGAUUUGAGAGAUCCGUCUCGCGCUGUAGAGCUGAGUCGAGCAAGGGCUCCUUCCAUGAGUGUAGCAUGGUCAGCCCCACUGGGCUCACCAUUAUUAGUCGACGUGGAACAUAUGUUGAUAUUAUCCAAAAUCCGAGGUUAUGGAACUGGGAAAAAUCAUUAUGUCGCACCUCAUCGAGGACUUGUUUGGCAUAUCGCCACGUCCGACUACCAUCCUAUGGUUCUGACAGCGGGGACGGACGGUUCUACCAUUUUGAGUAAUUACAAAGCUGGUUAUCAUCGUGCUCGAGGGGAGGGAUUAAACUCUCAAAGGAUCUUCGAAAUAGAUUAUGAUGAAUAUACUGAAGAAUAUCGUAUGGUUGAUAAUAUCGCCCCUGAGGUCAUCUCCGUCGAAGCUUCAUUCGGUCGUACGGCCAAAAACGCCCGACCUACAUUCGACCCCAGAGUUUCUAAAACGGUCCAUUGGAGUCCUCGUGUCGGAGUGCAUAGAGUGAGAUGGAACGAUUCGAACGGAUUGAAAAAUGCUGGUUGGUUCGUCAGUGGGACAGCUUCUGGUUUGGGUAGAGUGGAAUGUUUGAAAGGAAGGUUUGUGAAUGGGAGAGUACCACAAGGAUUAGGAUUUGCAGAGUGA